CAGAAAAGUGUUGAGCUCAGAGAACGUGGUGAAGAUGAAGACGCUGGUGGUGUUUCUGGCCUGCAUGGUGCUUCUGACCGUCAACACAGAUGCCAACCCUGUCAUCAAGGAGAGCUUUGCUAAGCAGCUCCUUCGUACCAAGAGGCAAGAAAGGCCAGGGAAGGCGGGACACCCGGAUGAGCCAAUGAGGGAGCACAUGCUUCACAUGCAGGCUCUGGACCAGAGGGCCCAGGAGACCAACAUGGAGCACUGGCUCAACCCCCACUGCUACCCACGCUGUGACAGAAACUACGGACACCCGGUCUGAUGACGUUGCAAAGGUCAUCACGCUGCAUGAAAGACCGGCAAACUGGUGGAAAAAGAAGAAAAAAAAGCUUCUCGUCGAUGUAAGGACAGAAAGGAUAGUGAGAAUGUCCUUUAGGGCAUUGUAGUGUUUAGUGUUCUAUGUAAUGAUGUAGUAAAUGUGUGAUGUCAUGAAUAAA